AUGGAGGAAUCUAUCAGCUCAUCUCGGACUAGUGCGUUCUACGGCAACAGCUACUAUAGCCACCACCGCCACCAACAAUCUCCUGCUCUUGCUCCUGCAUCUGUUGCGGCGGCGGCGACGUCUGAUUUCGAGGACGCCGACAGCGGCUGGACGGCCUACUUCCUGCAGCUAGCCUCUGACGAGGAGAAGGACGGGUCGGCGUCCAACAGAGAGAAGCAGCAGCUGCGGGAUGUUGGCGGCGUCCUGAUCUGUGGAAGAGGAAGUGCCUCCACCUCCACGGUCUCCAAGCCCAACAAAGCCAAGGAUAAUAAGGAGGCGGUGAAGAAAGGGGUGAAGAAGACCAAGGACGAGGUACUUCAUCUUGUCAGAACCACCGGAAUUCUAGAGGAGGAAGAUCCACUGCAGGACACCGCUUCCUCUCCACUUGUGCAGCUAAAUAUAAACGGAGACCUGCAGCUGCUGCAAUAUAUAGCUAGAUACGACACAACUAACCGUGCCAAAAUGAAGAAGACGAAGGAGGAUGUCAGUUACUAA